AUGUAUCUAACUGCAACUAGACCAGAUAUAAUGUAUUCUAUAAGUUUGAUUAGCAAGUACAUGGAGAAUCCUACAGAAAUGCAUUUACUUGCUGCUAAAAGAAUCCUUCCUUACUUGCAUGGAACAAGAGAGUUUGGAAUAUUUUACAAGAAAGGUGAAAAGUCCAAUCUAUUGAGGUUCACUGAUAGUGAUUAUGCAGGAGAUCAAGAUGAUAGAAAGACUGUUUCGGGGUGUGUUUUCAUGCUUGGUACAGGCGUUGUCUCUUUGUUCUCUAAAAAACAACCUAUUGUUACUUUAUCAAGCACAGAUGUAGAAUUUGUUGCAACAACUGCUUGUGCUUGUCAAGUCAUAUGGCUAAGGAGAAUCUUUGAAGAGUUGAAAUUCUAG